AUGGCUGGAGGACUACUCAAGACCGGCCUCGUGCUGCUGGGCUCGACGCUCGUCGCGGCGGCGCCGCUCUCUGAGAGGGCAGACACUUGUGCAACAAAGGGAAAGCCUGCUGGCAAGGUUCUCCAGGGAUACUGGGAGAACUGGGACGGAUCGUCCAACGGUGUUCACCCACCCUUUGGCUGGACGGCGAUCACGGAUUCCCGGAUCAAGCAACAUGGCUACAACGUGAUCAACGCCGCCUUCCCCGUCAUCCUGUCCGACGGCACGGCCCUGUGGGAGGACGGCAUGGACACGGGCGUCAAGGUCGCGACGCCGGCCGAGAUGUGCCAGGCAAAGGCCGCCGGCGCCACGAUACUCAUGUCCAUCGGCGGUGCGGCGGCUGGCAUAGACCUCAGCUCCAGCACCGUCGCCGACAAGUUUGUCUCGACGAUCGUCCCGAUCUUGAAAAAGUACAACUUUGACGGUGUCGACAUCGACAUCGAGACUGGACUGACCGGCAGCGGCAACAUCAACACCCUCUCCGCGUCCCAAGCGAACCUGAUCCGCAUCAUCGACGGCAUCCUUGCGCAGAUGCCGUCCAACUUUGGCCUGACCAUGGCUCCCGAGACUGCCUACGUCACCGGCGGGAGCGUCACGUACGGUUCCAUCUGGGGAGCCUACCUACCCAUCGUCAAAAAGUACGCCGACAACGGCCGCCUGUGGUGGCUGAACAUGCAGUACUACAACGGCGCCAUGUACGGCUGCUCGGGCGACUCGUACUCUGCCGGCACCGUCGAGGGCUUCGUCGCCCAGACGGACUGCCUGAACAAGGGCCUCGUCAUCCAGGGAACCACGAUCAAGGUUCCGUACAGCAUGCAAGCCCCAGGUCUGCCCGCUCAGCCGGGUGCCGGCGGCGGCUACAUGUCCCCGAGCCUGGUCGGCCAGGCCUGGGACCACUACAGCGGCGCGCUCAAGGGCUUGAUGACGUGGUCCAUCAACUGGGACGGAUCGAAAGGCUGGACCUUUGCCGACAACCUUAAGGGAAGACUGGGAACCGCUUAG